AUCGAACGAGCAUCUUAAUGCAGCUUAACCCGCCACAAUGAGUCUCAACCUGCCGUCAAGGCGGGUGGUAAGAGCCGCCUCGACGACGCUCUGUCCCAGCUCAUCCGCCGCGAGCAGCCUCAUCCCGGCACUUCAAUCCCUCAACCUGGGCCCAUCGCCCUCGAGCGCGCUCUCUCUUUCUCUCAACAGACCCCAGCGUCGCCAUGCCUGGUUCGGCGGCCGCAAAUCCAAGAAGGCAGCUGCCGAGCAGAACAUUCCGAACCCCAAGCAGCUGACGCAGGGCUGGGUCCGGGAGCGCCUGAUCAAGCACCUCACGUACCCCGAACAAGGCAACGCGUCCAUCUUCGCAGACGAGCUCAACGCAACGCCCAAGGAGGUCGAGCCCAGCGUCAACCUAGGUGCGAAGAGCAGCGAGCCCAAGGGCGCCGCGGGCGCCUCUCUGCUGCGGGACCACCUCUCGCGGGCGACGGACCCGGACCCGCGCAGCCGCGUGCGCUGGCAGCGCAAGAUGGUGCUGCGGCACGCCACGUCGGCGACGGACCCGUUCAGCCGGGAGCCGCGAGCGGCGCGCCUGGCCCGCACCGAGCGCCGCAUGCUGUACAAGAGCCUGGUGCUGCCGACCAGCGUCAAGAAGCUCGUGCACCUGGCCCACCAGAUCCAGGGCAAGACGGUCGCCGACGCCCUCGAGCAGAUGCGCUACAGCAAGAAGAAGAUGGCCCGCGAGGUGCGCGCCGAGCUCGAGGUCGCCCGCGACCGCGCCAUCGCCGAGAGGGGUAUGGGGCUCGGGCGUGUCGGCGGGGCGACGGAGGCGCCCGACGAGGUGGCCAAGGUCCAAACAAAGGACGGCCAGUGGGUGACGAUCGACGACCCGACGAGGAUGUACGUCGCUGAGGCGUGGGUUGGGCGCGGGCCCUGGAGGGGUUUCAAGAAGGACUACCGUGCCAGGGGGAGGAUGAACAUCAUGAAGAGGCCCUCUACAAGCAUCUCGGUCGUGCUCAAGGAAGAGAAGACUCGCAUUCGGGAGCACCAGGAGCGCGAGGCCAAGAAGUACCGACAGGGCCCGUGGGUCCAUCUUCCCGACCGGCCCGUCACGGCGCAGAGGCAGUACUACUCGUGGUAAACGGCGUGUUUUCGAAGAUGGUCAAUUGCUUGGAUUGGGUUAGGUGUCUUCAUCAGGCAACAUGAUGGAUGGCUAUGGACCCUCAACAACGCAGCUAUCUAUCGAGGACGCGAACUCAGAGUUGUCCGUUGUACGAUUAAGUCUGGACAAAUAGACAGGCACAUGUAUCAAGCACCCUUUUUUUCUGUCUGUCGAGCCUCCCAUGCCUGUAAAAAAUCCAUGAUACACAAAUAUACUGCGGAACCUAGCAUUCGUUCCUAGAAUCUGCAUUCUGGGAAUUGAUUCGCGGGGCAACCACUCUGCCCCUAUUUCCUUACUGCCCGCAAGAAAAAAUGAAGAAAAAUAUGCCGUUCCAAGAUUGAUAUAUUCAUCACUACCUAGGGCAAUAGCAACCUGACUUUGGCCGUUCCUGUUCUUGUCCUAGUCUUUCGCCCG